AUGACCGUUGAAGAAGUUUCUCAUCUUCUAUGCGUCAACUUUAAUCAGGAUGCUAAGUCCUUGGCUGUUGGACAUGCCAAUGGCUACAUUCUAUACAAGACAUCAGAUGCUCUAGAAUCUUCAGUUCUUCUAGAUGAUGCUGAUAAUUCAUCCGCAAUUCAUGAAGCGAUUAUCGUUGAACGGUUAUUCAAUUCGUCCUUGGUUGUUAUUGUUUCGCAGAAAGAACCCCGAGUGAUGCAUAUUUACCAUUUCAAAAGCAAGAAUAUGAUAUGUGAUUACAAGUUCACGAAGUCGGUAUUGAACGUGAAAUUAAAUCGAGAUAGAGUUGUUGUCUGUGUGGAAGAUUCCAUAUUUAUUUACACAUUAAAGGAUAUGAAGCCACUUCAUACGAUUCUUGACACACCACUGAAUCGGCUUGGACUGAUUGACCUUUCUCCUGAGGCCAGCUGCUUGAUAGCAUAUCCUGCAAGCGCUGAAGCUGGAAGUGUGCAUAUCUUCGAUUGUAUGAACCUUUCGGCAGUUAAUACCUUUACGGCUCAUGAUGGGCCCUUGGCUUGUCUCAAGUUCAACGCAGAUGGUACUAUGAUUGCGACGGCAAGCAUCAAAGGAACAGUUAUACGUGUUUAUAGUGUUCCGCAAGGAACAAGGUUGUUCGAGUUUAGACGAGGGAUGUCUAGGUGCGUGACGAUUUAUUCUCUAGCGUUCUCUGCAGAUUCCACGUAUUUAUGUUCUUCGAGUAAUACAGAGACUGUUCAUGUGUUCAAAUUGGAGAAGCCAGAAGAUCAAGAGAAGAAGCAAGAGUCAACAACGGAGUCUUCUGGUGGCUGGCUAGGUUAUCUUACGCAAGCCGCCUCAAGUUACCUUCCUACGCAAGUUAAUGAGCUCAUGACAGUGGAACGGAGCUUUGCCACCGCUAUUUUGCCGGGAUCUGACAAGAAGAAUGUAGCUGCCAUGCCAACGAUCAAGGGCCAACCGCAUCUUCUCGUGGCAACAACUGACGGUUUCCUGUAUUGCUAUCGUAUUCUGAGUACCGGUGGAGAAUGUGAUCUCGUGAAAAUGCACCGCAUCGGUGUCAACGCUACGGAGACUAACAGAACAGAUUCCAGUCGACCAAGUGCCGCGGAGAGUUCAGCGAGGGUGCCGGAUGCUAACGAUCCCGAAGAUUUCCCACCGAUUUGUCACACAACGGGAUGA